ACCGCCCAGUCCGCUGUCCCUCUGUAGAUCAGUCAUUAAUAUCCAUGCAAGCAUCCAGAAACGACCCUCCACAGCCUCGACCAGAGCAGGGGUGUGGGCGGGGGAGCCUCCAGGAUUCUGGGAUCAUCGCCUUCUGGCUCUGAACUGGUAUAGUUCAGGUCGUCCGGGCGUCAGGCAAUAAUUCGUCGGAUUAUUUGCUGGAAAUGCUCGAAGAAAGUGUUCUGGCCGUUCAUUCGCUUUCAGCCUUACGGCCUUGUUGCCUGAGGCGCCACAUGUUCUCCGCAUCUUUCUUUUCUGGUCUUAAAUCUUCAACUCUUCAUUUUCUGUCCUUCACUUCUCCAUCUCGACCCCGACGGGUUUGCCUACCCUCCGACCAGAUGCCAUUCUCUCGUCAAGGCACCAGCUUUGGGCCCCGGUUCGCUCCGUCAUGUCGACACCCCUCUCUUCAGUAGCUCCGCGCUCCUCCAGCUUGGCCGUCCCCUCAACCCAAAACACAGCUCCCGUUGUCAAGUUCCGCUGCCUCUUCACCCAUGACAUUCGACGCAAGGCCAAGCGCUGGCAGGAUGGAUUCCUCCGGUACCACACCUUCAAUAAGCGCGUGAUGGUCUAUGAUAAUACCGGCUAUUUCAUCGGAGAUUUGCAUUGGCGGGCACCUGAAGGAAUCAACGACGGUGAUGAAUUGGAGCUCGAUAAAGGCGUGUUGAUUCAAGUAUGUGAGCCGCUAGAAAGGACGGAGACCGAUCUUUCCUCUCUAUACAAGAACAAAAACCAGGCGUCGCCGUCGCGUCGUGGAGACGCACCACCCUCCUCCGUGCAUUCGGCAGCUCCCCGGUUAUCGGUCUCCUCCCAACAGGCUUCGCGUUCAUUAAAUGACCUCCUCGGAAUCAAGAAAACACCUGUUCCCCAGCUGCCUUCUCCCUACGAACAACGCCACAGACAAAAACCGAUCAGCAUGCACCGGCUCCAUGAACGACCAGCAAAGCGUCAACGUAUCUCACCAGAGCCUAUCACAAGCGGUCAGCAAGACGUUGUCAACCUGUCGGACUCCCCUCCACCGCGACGACAGAACACAAAUACACAAUCACGUCAAAAUCCCCAUUCAAUAUCACAGAAUCGACGCACAGCAGUCUUACCGGCGCCGCAAUUGUCAACUGGCCCUCACAGUACCUCCGAGACACAGGUCCCGCCCUCUUCCGGCCGUCCUACCGCGCAGCCAGUUUCGCAAAACCUUAAAGCUUCCAGCUCUGCUGCCGGACCAUCCGUCAGCACCCUUCGAUUGUCCGGUAGCAAACCACGCAGGAAGUUGAUGUAUCAAGAGGCAUCGCUGGCGCCUGUUAAGAAAACCGGGUCACAAGACCCCUUACCUCGAGCAGAGUCACAGUCAACGCCAAACGAUUAAACAAGCAGCAUCUAGUCAUGUCAUAGUUCUGGACGGCGACAGCCCUGAAUUAGAUAAUGAUCCUAUUGCAGACGACGGCUCCGUUUUAGACGAUGACGACCUAUUUUCAGACCUUCAAACUACCGUACCCCACCAAGGAAAUCCCGCAC